AUGUUAAAUAGUAAUAAUAUUAAUAAUUGUGAUAUUGAAAUGGAUAAUAAUACAACAUCAAACUAUUAUAAUAAUAAUAAUAAUGGUGAUAGUGAUAAUAGUUCAACUGAAGGAGCAGAAAAUAAUUUAAUAAAUCAAAAGGAAUCAAAUAAUGUGGUUUUAAACAUGUCCUCAAAUAUAGAUAAAGAAUUGGGUAUUUCAAAAAGAUUUGACGAAACAAUGUUUUAUUUUAAUCGUUUAUUAGAUAUAAUAACAAAUGAAGGUUCCAAUAGUUUAAAUCAAUCUAUAAACAGUAAUAUAUUAAUUUCAAGCGGCAUAUAUAAUAAAUAUAAUGAUUUCAAUGGUCAAUCCAUUCAAAACUAUAUUGACGAUAGUUUUUUAAAAGAAGGAAGCGAAACCAACAGUGUAGACGAAGAAAUGUUAACAACAAGUGUAAAAACCCCAUUAAGAAACGGUUCAGAAUAUAAUGAUGACAGUUUAAACAAUAACAAAGAUAUAUUUAAUAUAAUUUCAAAAUUAAAAAGUGAAACCAAAGAAAGUUUAGUUCAUUUACGUUUUAAAGCAAAUAAGGAUUUAGAAAUUUCAAUAUCAAAAGAAAAGAAACCAAUAAUAAUAGAUCAAAUAAUAGAGUUUCAUUUUGAAAAUUUUACAAAUAAUUGUUAUGAUGAAAUAAUAAAUAGAUUUCAAUUUCAAUUCCCAAAUGUUAUAGAUACAAUUAAAAUAAUGAGAACUAUACCCGGAGCAAAGUCUCGUGCUGAACCUGCUCCCGAAGAAGAAGAUAAAACUGCAAAGUUUACAUCAAAUCCAGAAAAUUUUACAAAGUUUUCGAUGAAAGAGUUUGCAACAGAUUCUAUUAAAAGUUUUAAAAUUAAAAUGGUUUUAAAUUAUUUAUUUUCAAUGAUUCAAAUUACUAAAUGGGUACCAAAAUAUCAAUUAAAGUAUAUUAAAGAUGAUGUUAUUUCAUCUCUUACUGUUGGUUUUAUGAUUGUUCCACAGGCUAUGGCCUAUGCAAUUCUUGGUGGUAUGCCUCCAAUUUACGGUUUAUAUGCUGCUUUUAUUGCUCCUGUAAUGUAUGGAAUUUUCGGAACAUCAAACGAAGUGUCAGUUGGUCCAGUUGCUAUGGUUUCUUUAUUAAUCCCUAGUAUUAUUUCGGUGCCAUCUACCGAUCCAGAGUUUCUCUUAGAGGUCUUCUGCCUAUCUUUAUUAUCGGGCAUAGUACUAAUUGUAAUUGGUGUAUUAAGAGCUGGCUUUAUCAUUGAAAAUCUUCUUAGUAAUCCAAUUUUAAUGGGCUUCAUCCAAGCCGCUGCUUUUUUAAUUGUUUGCAGUCAAAUUAAAAAUAUUACCAAAAUUCCAAUACCAAGCAAUGUAUCAAGUUUACCAGAGUUUGUAGAGGCCAUUGCAGAACAUUACAAAUCGAUUCAUGGGUGGACUGUAUUAUUUGGCGUAAGUGGUCUUGUAUUUUUAAUUGUGUUCCGUAUAAUAAAUAAUAAAAUCAAAUUUAAAGUUCCAAUUGCAGUUAUUAUUUUAAUGCUCUCAACUUUAAUAUCAUACUUAAUCAAUUCAAAAUCACACGGUAUUAGCAUAAUUGGUGAUGUUCCAUCUGGUCUCCCAUCAUUUAAAGUUCCAUCUUUAACUUUUGAAAGAGCAGGUCGUUUGAUUGUUGGUGCAUUCAUUAUUUCAAUUUUAGGUUUUGUAGAAUCGAUUUCAAUUGCAAAGAAAUUCUCAUCGAUUAGAAAGUACUCAAUUGACCCAAGCCAAGAAUUAAUUGCGCUAGGUAUGUGUAACUUUGUUGGAUCAUUUUUCCAAGCAUGUCCAUCAACUGGUUCAUUCUCAAGAACAGCAGUAAACUUUCAAACCAAUUCAAGAUCAAGAGUUUGUUCUAUUGCAUCGGGUGUAAUUGUAGCAUGUGUGUUAUUAUUUUUAACACCAAUUAUCAAACAUACUCCAUUAUGUAUUCUUUCGGCCAUUGUCAUCGCAGCAGCCAUCACAUUAUUCGAAUUUAAAGAAAGCUAUGAACUAUUAAAGAGUGGUGAAUUAUUAGGUUUUAUUCAGCUAAUAUUCAUUUUUGUUUUAACACUUUUAUUUGGUUCAGAGAUCGGUAUAAUAGUUGCCUUUUGCGUAUCAAUUCUUCAAAUUAUUUCACACUCUGCAAGACCAAAGCUUGUUAUUUUAGGAAGAUUACCAGGUAGUAUUUUAUUCCGUAAUAUCAAACAUUUCCCAGAGGCAAUUACAAAUAGCAGUAUUAAGAUCUUAAGAUAUGACUCACGUUUAACCUAUUAUACAGUCAAUCAUUUCAGAGAUGCCCUCUAUGAACUAAAAAAAGAAGACCCAGAAUUCGAAUUGGUUCAAACAAUUAUUUUCGAUAUGGCAAAUGUUAGUUCGAUUGACUCCACCGCCAUCGACGUAUUGCACGAAAUUGUAGAUUUUUAUAAAUCUCAAAAUAUUAAAAUAUUAUGGUCUGAUAUUAGACCACACAUCCAGAAAGUAAUGUUUAGAUGUGGUUUCCUAAAAAGUAUGGAUAAUCAUCAUUUCUUCACAACAACUCAUAAAGCUCUAGAAUACGCAUUAUCAGAGCUACAAGAAUAA